UUUAUCUACACAGAUAUUUCUCCUCCUCUUCCGUCGCCUUUUCUCGCCAGCCAAAAAACGAUCGAUUCUGGAAAUUUUCUUGUUCGCUCUUCAGAAAAAAUGGGGCUUUCGAUAUUGGGCUUCGUCUAAUUCUUGAACUAUUUGUAGUGCCUACUUCCAUGGCUCUUCUCGCGCAUGCGCCAGAAUUUUCCAUCGUCUCGAAGAUUAUCAGCGACCCCAAUUCUAGAAAUGUGAAAAGCUUCAGAGUUUCAUCGAAAUUGGGGAUGAUUGGCGCUAAGGCUGGGAUUAAUGUCGGUUCGGAAGUAAAACCUUGUGAAAUUGGGGUAUCGAAAUGGGAUCAGUAUAUAAGGCAGCACGGACAGUUUGCGACUCCGUUGAAAGGAGGUUCCAAGCUGAGCAAAGAGGAGGAAGAAAAGCAGAAUUACUAUGUGAACAUGGGCUAUGCCAUACGAACGCUGAGGGAAGAGUUUCCGGAACUUUUCUACAGGGAGCUCAGCUUUGAUAUUUACAGGGAUGAUAUUGUUUUCAAAGAUCCUCUUAACACUUUCACUGGCAUUGAGAAUUACAAGUCAAUCUUGUGGGGGCUACGAUUCCAUGGAAGGAUCUUUUUCAGGGCUUUGUGGGUCGAUAUCAUUGGUGUAUGGCAGCCAAUGGAAAGCGUCAUCAUGGUUCGAUGGACCGUUCAUGGCAUCCCACGAAUCCCAUGGGAGAGCCGCAGUCGAUUUGACGGGACCUCCGAGUAUAAGCUUGACAAGGAAGGUAAAAUCUACGAGCACCGUGUCGAUAAUAUAGCUCUCAAUUCGCCACCUCCCAAGUUUCGGGUUCUCUCCGUGGAAGAGCUAGUCCAGGCGAUGGGCUGCCCUUCUAAUGCCAGACCCACUUAUUUCGAAACGUCGUCUUCUUCAGCUUCAAACAAGACAUAGUUUUGCUGAAACUGCUGAAAAAGUUUUGGGAUCUGCUGUGGUUAAUGGCGUCUGUUAAUAUAUGAUGAUACACUAUAUAUACUGCUAGGUGCUACCAAAGUUUACUGCACUUUCUUUGUAUGUAUAAUCAGGUUGUAAUUACUCUUAACCUAUGUUUGCCAGCUUACGAGCCUUGUAAAAAUAUUGUAAGUGAUGUAUAAUGUGAAUUUUAAAGGCCAAUUUUGUACA